AUGGAGGUUCCGCCUCUCUUAAUCCACCUACACAAUUAUCUCCCGGCGACGUCGGAGGAAUCUUGGACGGCGUCCUGGAGACCUAUGGAGACACGGGAUAAUCAGCGUCAUCCCCAUCGCAGGAGGACGCAAAUCAUUCCUUACUCAACCUCCCGGUUCCGUCAGGAGCUAGACAUCGACUGGUUUCCCGAACAUCCUGAAGCUCUGAAUAGAAGCGCCAUUUCUGUUCAUUCCGCUGACCGUCCUGAACACUCUCUCCUUUCUUCCCUCGCCGUUCUACCGACACCGACCAGCAUCAAGGCGCCAUCGAUGUUAACUCGGAUGUUCAUGAACAAAUUUAAGGUUCUGUCUUGCCUACGUUUUAUCAUCAGAAAAGUUUCAAAAGAGAAGCUUGCUGUAGAGGAGUUACAGAGACUCUUUCCAGUUGACCUCUCAACUGAUAUUCAGAAAACUCUUGUUACAUUAUUGCAGAAAUAUCAAAGCCAAUGGGAGAAGGAAGUUGCAAGUGAGCAGCCCCUUUCACAGCAGACAAGAAUGACGUUUCCAGGUAGAUUGAAUGCACCACCUGCAUACAUACCUCUGCAAGUUUCCAAUCUAUCCUCAUGGCCAAGAGAAGAAAACACAAGAAGUUAUCCCUAUGGUGUCAAUAAUGCGUGUACAAUUCCAAGCUUUUCUGAUUUAAAUCUUCUACACAAAUCUUCAAUGGUGGCUCUUAGGGACAAUGGCUCAUCUGAUAAUCCGGCAACUCUUCACCGACUGAAGUCAAUGACAUGGAGCAUGGAGUUAAGGAAUUCAAUACCUGGAAAUCGACUUUCUGUCAUUACCUUGAAGUUGCAAGAUUAUGCUAAAUCCCAUCUGGGUGAAGUAGAAGUGAAGUUUCAGCUUUCAAGAGAUACUCUGGAAGCCAUGUUGAGAUCACUGACUUACAUAAAUGAUCAACUAUCAGAUUCUCACACCUCGUCAAACUUUUCAUGUGCUCUUUCCCGAUGUGCUACAUUAUUUGUAUUAAUUAUUUAUACUAACUUUAUUUAAGGGAAGGCUCCAAUCGGAACCAAACACCAAAAGGCCGCGGCAAUAGUUAAAUUUCAUUCUUAUUUAGCAGAACCAACACGGAGUAGGCCGAGGCCAUAUUUCUAUCAUAGACAUCCAUUCUACAAUCUACAGUUUCUUAAAUCGGAGCACAUGUUGAGUUGACUUGAUUAAGGCUUCGUUUGGGAUAGAUUUUUUGUUGCUUUCUAAAAUAGUUUUUUAGUAUAAAAUUUUUUUGAAUUAGAAAAUUUUAUAUUAAAAAGUCGUUUUAAGAAGCAGCACUAAAGUUGUCCCCAAACGAAACCUUAAUGGCAGAAUGGCUUCACAAUUCACAGCUUCUAAACCCUGCUUUUUGCCGGCUUAAGAUGGGAAAGACAAGUGAAACUGGCAUUACACUGACAGCAGGGAUCACUAUUUUUACUGCAGCAAUAGGCAUCAUAUCCCAGUACAGUAAUUUGGAAAUGACCUGGUGGGCAAACUACUACUGCAAUUAAUCAAUUAUUACAUAUCCUUGAAGCAUGUGGACAUGUAGGGAAGAAUCAGUUUAGAACUAACUCCAUUGCUCCAUUGUUUUCAUUUACUUUGAAAAUUUAUUCAUUUUAUCUAACUUUUCUUGUUACCUGACAGUAUUUAUAACUUAGGCUUCGUUUGGGAUGACUUUCUUUCUGCUUUUUAAAGCAACUUUCUAUUAAAAAAUUAAAAUUUUUAUACUACAAGCUGCUUUAAGAAGCAAUAAGAAAGCCAUCCCAAACAAAACCUUAGCUCAAGUCAUUUGUUGAACCAAGCCCCCUUUUGAUCAGCAUACUUGUUAUGACGGUUUUUUUUUUUAAACUGAAUUUAGUAUUUUGAUUAUUCUGUUGACUCGUGAAUAAACCAGUUGGAUUUGUUUCUGCUUUUGUCAA